GAUGUUGUGAAUUACAGAAAUAAUUUUGAUUAUACCAGCUUGUUUGCAAAUUCCCGUAUUUUGUAUAAUUUCUAAAAAUUGCAUGGAUGUGGUCAAAGUCAUCACUUUUAAUUUGCACAGUAUCAGAAGUCACUUUAGAAAUCAAACUGGCGUUAUUAGUACACAGUUACAGAAUUUCUCUUUGCAAAUUCUACAUCAACGCAUCUGUAUCAAUGGUAUUGGCAUUACACGCAUGGAUGGCUAUAUGUUGACCAGGGUCAUUGGCUCCAUAACAACUUAUAUGAUAUUCUUCAUACAAUUUAUGCCUAAAUUUACAAACUUUCAAGACGAAAAGAAAAAUUAAUAAAACCAAAAUUAUAUGUGUAUGUGUUGUGUUUUUUCAUUAUUUUAUUAUUGUAAUAAUUAAUUAAGCUCAUCUAUAAAAAAAGGAUGUUUGUUUUUGUCUUAAUAAAAAUCUAAAUGU